AUGGUUCCCCAGUCCAAAGAAGGCUACUUUUGGAACUUCGAAAAGAAUACUGCUAUGAAAGGAUUACCAACUGAUGCAGUGAAGUCUGAUAGCAAUGACGUCAAGAGCUCUUACGACGUUAUCGUGAUUGGCGCUGGGUUCACCGGUUUGACUGCUGCUCGGGAUAUUUCACUUCAUGGCCUCAGCAUCCUCAUUCUUGAAGCUCGUGACCGUGUCGGCGGCCGUACUUGGCUUGCCCAAGGCAAACAUGACAAUUAUGAGAUGGGGGGUGGAUGGGUUCAUCACCUUCAACCGAACACGUGGACUGAAAUGGCUCGCUACGGGCUUACGACACCCAAGACAAGCUUCAAGUUGGGACGAGACACGUCCAUGAAUGUGGGCGGCGUCAAACAAACUAUGCGAGGGGCGGAUGACUCGUUCCUGCAUUUAGCCGCAACAUUCUUCAAUGUUGAUGGCUAUAACGGUCGUCUAGUUCUGCCUCAGCCACAUCUACCACUGUAUAAUCGCAAAGGCAUCAGGGAGUGGGAUAUCAGUGUUCGAGAACGUAUCGACCAGCUUAACCUAUCUGCCACUGAAAAGGAUCUCCUCGCAUUUUGGAUGGGCACCGUUGGCCUUCAAGAGGCACACAAACUUGGCUUUCUCAGCCUUCUUCGCCUUUACGCGCUCUCUGGGUAUGACUUCCAGCGCUUGCUUGAGCUAAGCGGAGUGUUUAAGAUUCCCGGGGGGACAACUGCUUUGGCCAACGCCAUGUUUUCGGAAUUCAAUGGCUCAGCACUCUUCAAUCGCAAAGUCAAAUCUAUUGUCUCUGGCUCCUCGAGGGCGCAAGUCUAUGUCGAGGAUGGCGAAAUCUUUAGUGCGGAUAGAGUCAUCUGUACUGUCCCCAUUAACUGCCUUGCGGACAUUGAAUUCUCACCACCCCUUCCGCCUUCGUACACCUCAAUCAAGCACGUGAAUCUUGGUGGAAAGCUACACGCCCAUUCCGCUGAUGGUUCUACUAGGUUCUUUGGGGUUGAUGGUCCAUCAAAGGUUGCAUGUUUCGGUGUUGCCGAGUCUCGCUCCAGUACCGGAGGCACAAAUAUGGUCUUCUUCAAAAGCAGUCGGGAGGAGAAUGUGGACCGCUCCCAGUUGGAGAUUUUGGAGGAAGCGUUGCGGGAUUUGACCGCCGGCGGAACUCAAAUAGGAGAUAUCGAUGAAUACCUCUGGCAUGAUUGGCGCCAUGAUGAGUUUUCCAAGGGAGCUUGGGCUGUGUACGGGCCUGGGGCCCUUUCUGGGCCUCUUGGGGAUUUGAUGGAAGACUAUGCAGAUGGAUGGGUGGGUUACAUAGAUGGCGCUGUUGAGCAGGGCCGGCAGGCGGCACGAGCCGUUAUCAACAACUGGUAA